CUAUACGUACAUGGAAGUAGCCCAGCGUCGUGCAGGGAUUCUUACAGAAUUGCCACCCGGCUUUAGGUUUAUGCCCACAGAUCAAGAAUUGGUGCAACACUAUCUGUGGAAGAAAGAGCUUUCCAUCCCUGUUCCUGGAAAGGUUUUUCAAGACAUUGAUGCCAGAGAGCUUUAUGCCAAGCCACCCAAGAGUUUAGUAACAUUCUCAAGUGAGGAUAGAGAAUGGUAUUUCUUCAUAUAUGAAAAUGAAGAUUCUGAUGACGACGUUAGAACAGCAAAAACUCGAGUUGUUGAAAAUGGACAAGGGUUUUGGAAAUCAUGGCAAGAAGAAGAUGAUCCCAUCUAUGAUGCUGAUGGAAAUGUCAUUGCCUUCAAGAAAAAUCUAACUUAUUUUUCUUGUAGAUCUUCAAAACCGAAAAAAACACAUUGGACAAUGCAAGAGUACCGAUGCAACAAAGGAAAAAGUUUGAAGCGAAAGGCCGGAUGGGUAUUGAGCCGGAUGAAAAGAGGAAGGGAAUACACGAGCUGCUUUUAGUGUGCCAGGCUGCCAGCUCCUCCAAUUUGUUCUCUUUUGUACACUUUGGUUUUUUUUUUUUUUUGUAGCAAUCAUAUUGAUCAAUAAAGGC